AUGCAGACUGAGAACAGACGCCACCUAGCUGCAUCAAAGCGGUACCAAGACGCAGAUUUGCCUUCAGACGAUGGUUCCUUCGUCUUCGACGGGACCAACUCCGACCUCGCUCGUCAGUUGUAUUUCCGUGCCAACGCUGAAGCCUCAGUUUCACAGUUCAACAAUUUGGAGAUCCCUUCUGCUGUUCAGGACCGACUGGAUGAACUCGACUUGGAUUGGAAUAAAUUACCUGGUAUCGCCCAACGAGCGCUGCUGUGGGAUUCCGGCUUCGGUUUAACAGCAUCCUAUACCCCAGUGAAAAUCUGGACGCUGAAUAACCACACCAUGGCAAAUCUCGCAGUCCCCCUUGAACAAGUCCGAGCUGUCGGGUGCGAGGAAAAAGCCUGUGUUCAACCAGAUAAUACCACCAGCUACAGUAACGAAUGGUGUGGCGGGGCGCAACUGCUUCAAGCUGCUCGCUGUGUCGUUGAAGACUUUGUGGACACUGGUGAUAUCCAUGCUGCAAUGUGGGUAACUGGUGGGAAUCCUAUCGUGAUUCCAACUCCACACGUGCUCAAACACGAAUGGAAGGAUCAAAGGGAUAAAAAUUCUUAUAUUGUGUUUGCCAUCCACACCCUGGAUUUUGAUGACGAACCUGCGUGGAACACGUGCCCAGAUUCUACUCAGAACGACGGCUACGGGUCGUUAGUCGUGCCGUGUUUCACAACCGAUAAUAUAACGAAUGCUACUAUGGAGGCGAUGAAAGAAGUCGAAGGCAGUCCUUGGGUGUCUCGUUGGCUAGUGGAAGACUACUCAACACCCGACGAACAUGAGUUCAAAAUGAUACUGCUGGUUCCAAUUAUCGGUGGAAUUGUCGCCACUAUCGGACUGCUUGGAUUAUUAAUUAUCGUAAAACAGAGGCGACAACGGCAACCAAAAUCUACUUCAUCUGACGGAGCACAAAUCUGCUCCAAAGAUCUCAAACGAGGCUAUAGGAAUAGUAAUCAAGGCUUGUCCUCACACCAUCCAGCAAAUAACAGCACUUUUGGUGAUUUCGAAUGGACCAGCUCGACAUUAAGAGAGACUAUCGGUAGUGAAUCUCUGCUCGACAAGCGAAUUCCGUACGACAGCAUUCACUUCGAACGCGUCGUGUCGAAAGGAGCCAGUGGAGAAGUGUGGUUAGCAGAUUUUCAAGGCCAACAAGUGGCAGUGAAAAGAUUAUUACAGAGCAAGACCCACUCAGCAGACGAAGUGGAGGAAUUCGCACAGGAGAUCCAACUCAGUGCCAGUUUAACUCAUCCGAAUAUUGUGGGGUUUAUUGGUGUUGCUUGGAACAGUCUCACUAACUUCGUCAUGGUGCUGGAGUUCCUCCCGCUUGGAGAUCUACAAGCGUAUCUACGUAAGAAUUUUGACUUGUUGCUGUGGUCCAAGGAUAAAAUCCACAUCGCCAUUGGAAUUGCUCUAGCUCUCGAGUACUUGCACUCCCGAUCUCCUCCGCUUAUUCAUCGUGAUCUGAAAUCCAGAAAUAUUCUGAUUUCUAAACGCCUAGAGCCUAAACUGAGCGACUUUGGUGUGAGUCGAACCCGGCAAGAGAAUAUCAUGACUGCUGGUGUCGGCACUCCGUACUGGUCGGCGCCGGAGAUCCUCGAGGGGAAGCAGUACACCGAGCUGGCAGAUAUUUACUCGUUUGGAGUGGUGUUGUCGGAGUUAGAUACCGCCAAGCUUCCUUACCACGACGCAUUGACACCGGAAGGGAAGAGCCAAAAGCCGUUCAAAAUCCUGGCAGAGGUGAUAACAGGAGUAUUACGACCGACUUUCUCGAAAGAAUGCUCCCCGCAAAUUCGCCGGAUUGGCGUAGCUUGCUGUCAGCACGAUCCAGAUCGAAGACCAACCGCAGCUCAAGUGCUGGAGAUGCUCAGACAGCCUUCUGACUAA